GAGAAGCUAAAACGGUUGAUUUGUUGUGGACUGAUAAGCUGAAGCGAACAGAGCAAACUCACUCACUACUUACUAGUCAAGCCCCGACCGAUCAUCACCAGACGCCCUGAUAUACCUGCUCGUGCCUGAAAUCCUGAACACAAGUCAAUCAAGACAAGGGACACAAGCUUAGCCUCUGCAAUGGCGGUGGCAGCAGCAGAAGGAGGGAGCGAGCUGCGGCUGCUGGGCACGUGGUCGAGCCCGUGGGUGAUCCGGGUGAGGGUGGCGCUGGGGCUCAAGGGGCUGAGCUACGACUACACCGAGGAGGACCUCGCCGCCAAGAGCGACCUCCUGCUCCGCUCCAACCCGGUGCACAAGAAGGUGCCGGUCCUCAUCCACGGUGGCCGGCCGGUGUGCGAGUCGCUCGUCAUCGUGGAGUACGUCGACGAGGCCUGGCCGGCCGCCGGGCCUCCGCUCCUCCCGUCCGACCCCUACGACCGCGCCACGGCGCGGUUCUGGGCGGCCUACGUCAACGACACAUUUUUCCCGUCGUGGAAGGCGCUGUUCAGGUCGACGGCGGAGGAGCAGAGAGCAGAAGCGUUCAAGAACGCCGUCCCUGCGGUGGAGACGUUGGAGCGGGCGUUCCGGGACUGCUCCAAGGGGAAGGCCUUCUUCGGCGGCGACGCCGUCGGGCUCGUGGACGUCGCGCUCGGGAGCCACCUGGUGUGGAUCAGGGUGGUGGACGAGGUGGCCGGCACCAACCUUCUGGACGGGGCCAAGUUCCCCGGCCUGGCGGCGUGGGCGGAGCGGUUCUUGGCCGUCGACGCCGUGAGGAAGGUGAUGCCGGACGUCCGGAAGGUCCUGGAGCAGUACAAGGGGUUUCUUGCCAAAUGGAUCGCGGCUGCUGGUUCUACCUGAACACUGAACACACCAUGCCUACUUCUACUUGAUUGGGGCCUUUAGGGGUCUGCUCUCUACUAGAUGUUCCUACGUCGAGUUAAUCGGUCCCAAAUCCAUAAGAAUUAGUACUUUAAUGUUCAAACACCAGUUUGAUUUUUGAAGUAUUUAGUGCUUGUACUUGGAGAAGGAUUUGGUGUAAGGUGAUUUGUGAUUUUUACUAGUCUAAUAAGAGACCUACAAAAUGGUGAAAAA